AUGUCUGAAGACUGCUGUGCUCUGAACGCUGAUGGCACCCUCAAGGAUGCUUCUGAAAUUACCUUUUUUAAUGAUCCUGACGAUAAAGUACCAUUGCCCCAGGUCGCAUCUUCUGCCCAGCCAUCCUCUUCCACUACAUCCGCAAAGGACGCCUUCUCCGUUCUGCUCAAGGCUGGAUGCACCCCAGCAACAGUUGCAGCUGGAUCUAGGCGCUCUGGCCGGCCCUCAAAACCAUCGGCUCGUAUUCGCGAUGCUGACAAUGCCUGCGGUCUGUCUUCGUCAACUAACCGAAGGAAACGUGCUUUAUCUAGUGCUACAGAUCAUCCAGCCCCCAAGAAAACUGCCAUGCGAAUCUUAUCCCCUCUUGACUCCGAAGAUGAAGACAUACCCUCUACACCUGAUCUGGGAGAGUCGUCUGCUGACGAGCUGAUCCCCCAACCAGAGGACGACAAUGAAGUUGAUGAAUCUAAAUCCGAGAACAGGUGCACCGCUUCGACUCUUUCAAAAAGCGAACGCACAGCGGAUGUUAGGACUAUAUUUACCCGUUUACCUGAUGAUGCGCGAUGCUAUCAUGGAACGUCAAGCUACAGACCAUCGCACGCGCGAUCCUCAUCAAGAGCUCUCUGCAUACCUUACUUCACCAUUGGAAGCGUGCCUUGGAUCAGAAUAGCCGGCAAAGCACCUCGGAGAGAAACUCUCGAAUCUUGA